CAAUCUAGCAACAUCACAACACUAUCUGUCAACGUCAACGCUCAAACGAAACGAAAAUAAAUUAUUUCACAAGGUGAUCAAAGAACGUAAUAACGAAACAAAGAUGAGUAUGCGCGAGGAAGAUCGGCAGAAGAACAACAACUGUCCAAGCCGCGGCCUCGGCUUGGCGGCCGCGGCUCUAGGCGUUGGUGUUGGGGCGGCGCUGUACUACUUCCUCAGCAAGAAACCAGAAAACCCAGAUGGAGAAGGAUCCACCACAGGCUGGUCAUGCGAGCAACCUCAUACCUUAUCACAAGAGGAGCGAGAUAUAUUGCGCGCGCAGGCCUUGUCGGAAGAAGAACAGAUAAAGUUCCUAAACGCUCAGAAAUUCCGCGAACGCUCGUGGUCCCUUGAGGAGUGCUCCAUCUGCUUCGAGAUCAUGCUCAAAGACCAGGACCUGACCAGCCUGCCGUGCGCGCACAACUUCCACUCGGCCUGCCUGGCGCCCUGGCUGGCGGAGCAGCAGACCUGCCCCAACUGCCGCAAGGCUGCUGAAUGAAGCUAUUACUUCGCGUUUUCUCAUCGUAUCACUGAGGCGAGCGUGAGCCGGGUCUCCGCGCCGAACACCGCGUCUGCCAGGUUGGUGAACCUCUGAAGAUACGUCCAAGACAAGCCAAAAUAACAAUCAUAAACCAACACUUCAAGCGUCUAAAACUUGACUGUAACAGUCUUUAAGGCUCAUUUAGACGGUGCGAGAACUCGCAUGCGAGUUUCAUUACAUUGCGUUAAGGCCUAUUUAGUAAAUAUCGCACCAUGUAAAUAGUAUUUACAUGGUGCGAGAACUCGCAUGCGAGUUUCAUUACAUUGCGGUAUUUGAUUGGUCGGCUGAAUUGGAUGUAACCGAUAGUCCUCAAUAUAACUAAAAUCGCAUACGAGUUCGCGCGCCGUCUAAAUCAGCCCUUAUUUGAUCGGAAUGGGAAUGAGCCUUAAAAAUUUGAGUAUAGUCGUAAAAAAAUAAAUCCUCCAAAAUCUGACCAAUUGAUAAAAAUCGAGGCAAAAUGUUCAGUGAUUAAGCCCAACUUUCAGUGGGGCAAGUUUAAGCAGACUUUCAUUUGUGUCGCUUAACUACAAACUCGGGUAAAUCCAUUCGACCCUCAGCAAAUAUCUAGCCUACUACCUUAAUACCAAAUAUCAAAUAUCUUUAUUUUGCAUAAAAUAUGGUACAAAAGAUGGAGCAAUUAAGAAGCACAUGCAUACUUCACCAGCAACUGGCAGGGCGCAUAAUCUGACAGAAGGAUUUACCCGAGUUUGAAGUUAAGUGUCCCAUUGUACCUACAUUAAAAGCCACGGUUAGAUGCGCUUGUUUGAACUGCGAUAUAGUUUUUCUUACAAUAGUAAUGUUAUAAACAUUUUUUUCUAAUCUGCAUCAAUAAAAUAGUUAUUUAUAUAGCUCGAAUGAAAUAGUAUCUAAGUUUUUUUUUCUUCAGAUGUCAGCCAAUCGAUGACAUAAGACUACCGCCUCUAGUUCUCAUUAAUGUAUUGUAUCAUAAUUGGUGAUUUUCCUUUUAAAAUUAACUAUGACAGUCCUAAUAAUUGUACCUAUAGGAGCGUUCCAUCGUUACGUAAGGUACAUUCGGACCCGCUUUUUAGGGUUCCGUACCUCAAAAGGAAAAAACGGAACCCUUAUAGGAUCACUCGUGCGUCUGUCUGUCCGUCUGUCACAGCCUAUUUUCUCGGAAACUACUGGACCAAUUAAGUUGAAAUUUGGCACACAUAUGUAAAUUACUGACCCAAAGAUGGACAUAUUUUUUUAUAAUUUUAAAAUACAUAGUUUCGAAGUUAUUCGACUUUCCGAGACUGGUUCUUUUAUGGGCUUGCCUUUUUACAGUGUAAUAUUGGUAUCAUCUUAAAGCUGUUUGUUCUCUUAAUAAACUGUUUAAUUUACUUUUACUAUAAUACGCAAGUCGACAACGUAAUUCGGAAUUAAAGCAAAUAUUUCGUAAGCGAGUCGCAUGCAAAAUACUUUAAUACUUUGUCCUGCGCGUACAUAUUGCAUAAUUAAAGAAUUAAAAAAAACUAGAUGAAAAAUUUACCCUUUUCAUGGAAUGCUCCUAUAGACGCAAUUUGGGAUCUUAAUAAAGUCUUUUAAUAUCUAGUCAUUGACUGUGAAGUUGACAGUUUUUAAAAUAACAAGGAAUACUCGCCACUAAUAUGCCAGAUCUUAUGUAAAAAUUGUAUAUAUUUAAAUCUUUUCGACUUUAUAUUACGAGAAGAAAUGAAAACUGCCAUUCAUGACACCAAUGGCACUUUUUGUAAAAAAGAUGAGACCGGAAUAUGCUUUCUAUUUCAUUGUGUAAUUUUUUUUGCGUUAAUAGAAUAGUAGUAGGCAAUAAUAUUAAGCCUUAUUGAGCAAUGAAUUUGAUUACUAAUAAUAAUAGUAGUUUGAUUAUCAUGAGAGAAUGUAUAGAGUCAGACCAAGAAUAGCCUGCAGCGGAUUUGAUAGCCCACGCAGUGCAAGUGUUAUUUUAAACGUCAAACUUCUAUGAAAUUAUGACAUAUAAAUAACACUUGCACUGCGGGGCUUUUAAAUCCGCUGCAGACUUUUUUUGGUCCGACUCUACGCAACUAUGUGUUUAGACAUCAUUUCACAUAUCAUUUAUUAAAACUUUAUUUCAUAGAUAUUGGAACCUAAAUAAUUUCAACAGUGUUUUCCCACUUAAAUUUCCUAUAAAGUAAGUCGCUGCCCCAAUAUUACAUGGUUCUAUGUUACUAUUUCAAGAUAGUUGAAAUUCGACUUAAUCGGCGCGAUUCGGGAAAUGAAUUAGAGAUUAACUAGAUACGAUAUAGUAAAGAUAUGUGACGUCCCACGGCUAAAGAUACCUUAUGACGGUUGGUGCUUACGCUAUUAUUAACGACGCUAAAAUUUUAUUGCGGCGCUAUGCGACUAAUGCGACGUAAGCGCCAGCCGCCAUAAGGUACCUUUUGUCGGGGAACGUCACAUAUCUUUACUAUUUCGUAUCUAGUGAAUCUCUUAUUCAUUUCCCGAAUCGCGGCGCCAGCCGCCACAAGGUACCUUUUGCCGUGGAAUGUCACAUAUCUUUAUUAUUUCAUAUCUAGUGAAUCUCUAAUUCAUUUCCCGAAUAGAGCCGAAUGUCACAAUGACAAUGUUUAAAUUUCAGUGCCUCUACCAUCAGUUGGCAGAGUAUUUUUCACUUACUUUCAGUGAAUAAACGUGCCGUGUGUCACGUUUCACGUUUCUUUGCGGUCUUAUGUACCUAACUUCACUCCACUCCAAACGAUGCUGUCCCUUUCUAAGUAUACUAAAAAACAGAGCAAGAGUUAUCGGAGUUUUAUACAGCGCCUCUAGGAUUCACCUAAAGAACUAAAUAACAAAAUUGACACAUUUUCUCACGUCUACGUAAUUUACUAUCUAUGCAUCUCGCUCUCGCAUAUUAGUGCAAGUGAGAUGCACAGAAAGUAAUGUUACAUAUACUGAUGGUAGCCGUGAAUAUGGAGGGUAGAGGUAAGGAGAAUCCUUUAUGACUUUAUGAGAAAACUCCUUUAUGGGAGAAUAUUUGCAAAAACUGGGCACGCUGUCAGCUAUUAUAAUUUUUCUAAAUCUCUCCAGAGUAGCGAAAAAAAGAAAACCCAUAAACCUAGUUUUUCAUUGUAUCAAUACCGUACUAAUAAUCAUGGGGAAUGGAAGAUACUCGUAUUUACAAGUGGAAAAACGUUUUCUCUUUUUGUAUGGACGAUUACGUAGUAUACUUCCCUCUUAAGGUUUUUGACGGAGACUUUUUCAUUAUUAAUUACAUGGAGAUUGUAUUCCUUACCUCUACCAUCCACUAAGAGCAUUUAGAAGGGAGAUGUCAUCGCUGUCAUUUUCUUUACAAAACAGUCUGCCGAUUUUUGCGGGGGAGGGGACGUCAAAUGUAUUGCUAUUUCUACAUGAUUUGUACAUGAUUGUCCAUACAAAAGUUUGCACAAUUGUGCAAGUUUUUCGGCAGAGGGGUAAGUAAUAAUGUCAGGAAAAAAAUAAAGAGUAUACCUACGAGACUACUAUGACUAUGAUAUUUGAUUUAUUCGGUUGUCAAUAUAAAACAAAUGUAGGUGUUCUUUCUUCUCGUAUGAGACGCCAUUACUAUGUAGUCUUGCUUGAGAUUAAUAAACAUUACCAAUAUGGUGUUAAAACAAGCUUUUCUUUCCUGCUUGGAACCCUAAUCCUAAAUCCUAACAGUAAGCACUCAAUGGCCACUCCAGUUAUUAAAUGCUCUAAGACCAGUUUUGUCACUUUGUUACUGACUCAACCUUCAUUCUACAAUUUUUUAAAGAUUUGACGUUGCCAUAGUUACGAAAAUAAUAAACAUCAAUGUUAGUAAACAAUGUAUAAAUUAAAAUAUAAUUGUAUUCAAGACAAAAAUUGCAAAAUAUGAUAAUUACGUAAACAUCAUUAAUAAUCCAGUUAAAAUUAUGACAUUGCGUGUUAAAAAAUAGGAAGCAAAGUAUACGGCGCGAUUAUACAAGCUACUUUUGGCUACAUAUUUAUUACCUAUGAUGAAAAUAGUACACACAUGAGAAGAAAUCUUAAAAUAUUAAAAUAGGUAUGUAUUAUAAUGGUCCGCUUCAGUCCGCAUCAUGACAGCGGCCGUCUCCUACUGCUAAGUAACAUUAUCUAAUAGAGUGUCCGGAAAGAGAAAAGUCGUGAAAUUUAGGGGAGCUCAUACAUUAUACCUACGACUCUUCUCUUUCCGCACAGACCCUACGUAUGACCUUAAUAGCGAUCUUAAUUUUAUAGUACCUAUCUGAUCUCGAGUAUAUUUCAGUGCCAAGCGCCCCAUUUCCAAUACAAAAUGAACCCACGCAGCGGGUUUUUGGCAAUAAAUGUGAUUAAAUCUUAUUUAAAUUUUCAGAUUCAGAACCACCAGCAAAAGUUUUUGAAGAAAGUUUUAUAUUUCCUGUUACCAAGUUGACAUGAAAAACGAUUACCUAGGUACCAAACACAAUAAUUUGACCAACGGAAAAUAAAAUAAUACUUACUUAGUAAAGAAAAAUAAAUAAACCCACAGAACAUUUGUAUGUUUUAUUUUAUUUAAGAUAAUAAUGCUUAAUAAAAUACGUAGCAAUUCUUGUGUAAAUAUUAUAAUAGGUCUUGCGGUAUGUCUUAUUCUUUCUAUGUGUUAUGUGCACCCAGCAACAAAAACAGCAACAUGUCUAUGUACCGCUCCUUGUAUUGAGCCUUAAUUCUUAAUACAUAUGUAACUUCUACAUGCAUACAUGAUGCAAUCCGGGUUUUCAUGGAAAUGUUGUUUUCAAUCAGCUUCUUGCCUAAAACCAAAAACUGCUCGUAAGCAAUGUGAUUUUCGCAAAUGUAGCAGUAGAAAUAGGAAAAUAUGAUGUCAAGUAUAACUCAUUACCUUUGUACUAAAUCAGCCUUUUAUCGAACUAUUAAUUGAUUUAUCCCUUAAAGUUUUGCUUGAAGUUCACAUACUGUUAUAAAUUUAUACAUAUUACGUUGAAAAUUGCAUUAAUAUUCGUGAAAAAUCAGCGUAUUUGUUGUGUUUACAAGUUGACAGAAAUGUCACGUUGGAAACGCACGUAUUUUUCCAUAACAUCUGUCACGUUUACUCGCGUAAAGUAUUUACGCAGAAUAAUUCUGGCUCAGUUUUCAUUAUAUAAUUAGAAAGAGAGCGUUUUAGGUGUGAAGUUAGGCAAGUAUGGAAAACUCGCGUAAACACGUUUGUAACUCAUGGUACAAAUUGAAAUUUUUAGUUCUUUACGUGACCGGUAGAGGCACUGUACAAUUACUCCAUACAUUUUCCUUAACUUUCUCACUAUCUUCACUUCUCACUGUCAUUCACGGAACUCAUAGUAGAGCUACAGUUCGAUAAAAGUGAAACAGAACCCUGUAAUAUUGGGCCAGCGAAGUGACAACUUGGCAAUUUUUUUUAAUUUUUUUUUGCUCAAAAAUAAUUCCGGUUCUUUUUCGGUCUAGGUGUGAUUUAUUAACUCAUUUCUCAUUUAAAUCAACAGCUUAAUAAUGUUAUUUAGAGUCGGUCCAAAAGAAGUCUGCAGCGGAUUUGAUAGCCCACGCAGCGCAAGUGUCAUUUUUACGUCAUAAUUUCAUAGAAGUUUGACGUUUAAAAUAACACUUUCACUCCGCGGGCUAUCAAAUCCGCUGCAGACUAUUCUUGAUCUAACUAUACCACUUAGUGAUAAUAAAUAUUUGUGGAUCAAAUAAAAUGUUAUAAGAUUUUACUCUUCGAUAAAUUUUAGUAAUUUUAGAUAGAGUGUCGCACCAAAUUAUGAAAUUGUAUUCUAUGCAUAUGCACAAACGCUUAAGGUUAAAUUUGCUGUGGUAACAUUGUUCAUCAUUUCGUAACCAGUACCUAUUAGUGUUUUCUCAAAUAAUCUAACUAUAUUGUAUCUCCAUCUCUGUCGCUCAAUGAAAAGGCCAAGUAAUAUUGCUAAGGGUCUGUCUGUUUGUGUUUACUCAUUCAAUUUUGUUACUGAACGCAAAUGUAUGAUGAAAUCGCACAACACUAAGGCCCACUUGCACCAACCCAGUAACCCGGGGUUAAGCGAUUAAUCCGUUAACCUAGUGUCAAAUUGUACUGGUAACCAUGGCAACUCCAGGUUAACCCCAGGUUAGUGGAAUGGUGCAAGUGGGCCUCGAUGUAAAACAGACCAUAAGGCUAAUCUUGUCAACACUAUACCUACAUGAAAUGUUUUUGGUGGGAUAUACUUUCCAUGAAACUAAGAAAUAACGAAACUAAUUAGGCACAACUCAAAAUCUACAAGGCAGACGAUGUUACCACAGUGUUACAAUAUCAGAGACAUUUUGAAAAUUGUGAUUUAACCUCUAGCCGCCCAUACGUCAAACCUUGCCAAGCAAAAUGAAAUUUUAUUUUGACAACACAAAGUUCAAAUUGGGCUGGAACAGGAGACCUUUUUAUAGGUUUCUGGGCGGCUAGACGUUAAAAAAGAUGUAAGUAUAAUGUAAUGUUGGUAGGUAUGUAUACUCUGUAUCUUUCGGUACCUACUGAAAUAAAAGUAAAGGAAUAAUUUGUACAUUAUCGGGUAGUUAUCAAAUUUAUUGGUUAACCAAUCAAAUACAAAACCACCUGGAUCUGUCACUCAACGACCUGAUUUUAACCUACAUUAUUUGAUCAUGUAAUGUUUUCAUCUACCCUCAACUGGCUUAAGAGGCCAUUUGAGGGUAGAUUUUGUUUACUCUUUUUUAAAUACCUAAAGAUACAGAGUUUAGUUACUAUUUAGUCAUAUUGUCUCCGGCAGUGUAGGAAUCAAUCACUAUCACCUCAAUAUAUCAGGCCCGGUUUAUGAGACCCUCCCUCUUCCUUUCCUCAUGUCAUCAUCAUCAUCAUAAUCAUCAUCAUCUCAGCUAUAAGACGUCCACUGCUGAACAUAGGCUUCCCCCUUGGACCUCCAUACGUGCCGGUUGGAAGCGACCCGCAUCCAGCGUCUUCCGGCGACCUUAACAAGGUCGUCUGUCCAUCUUGUGGGUAGACGUCCUACGCUGCGCUUGCUAGUCCGUGGUCUCCACUCGAGCACUUUUCGACCAUCGGCCAUCUUGUCUGCGUUCCCCAUGUAUUUACUCUUUAUUUUGUAUUAUUGCGCCCUUAAUUCGGUUCGGGUGAGGGUCCAUUGAAAUUUGAUAAUACGUUGCCGACAUCGUUGUAAGCUUCACUUUAACACAUUCGUUGCCACCCAGCCAAACAACACAUCCACGCCACAACAAUUACGUCAUAUAACGUUGACGACCGGUCUGGCCUAGUGGGUAGUGACCCUGCCUGCGAAGCCGAUGGUCCUGGGUUCGAAUCCCAGUAAGGGCAUUUAUUUGUAUGAUGAUACAGAUAUUUGUUCCUGAGUCAUGGGUGUGUUCUAUGUAUUUAAGUAUUUGUAUAUUAUAUAUAUCGUUGUCUGAGUACCCACAACACAAGCCUUCUUGAGCUUACUGUGGGACUUAGUCAAUCUGUGUAAGAAUGUCCUAUAAUAUUUAUUUAUUUAUUAUUAUAUAAAGCUGUAGUAUUCAGUCAACUGUAAAAAUAUGGGUGUAGACAACUUAGUCAAAAGUAUGUCCCAUAGUUCUUAAUUCACUGACAUAAGUUAUGAGACAUAUUUUUGAGAUGAUUUGUACACCCAUAUUUUUACAGUUGACUGUACCACGAUCCCGACUAUCGGGUCGUCCGGCCUGGGAACGAAAUCAUAAAAUACCCGAUAGUCGGGUUUUCGGCACUGAAUGUGUUAAGAUUGAAGGUAUUAAAAUUGAAAUCGUAGGUGUCUUUACCUUCUACUCUGCCGUACACAAUAACUUUUAAAUUUUGCUUGUAAAUUGUCCAUCCAAUAUUAGCAUAGAUAUCGCUGUUAAGGUUUUUAAAAUGUAUAUUUUUUCAUAGAUGUUUUGUACAGUUGACUAAAUCGAAAAACUGUAGUUUUACUAACCAACGUUGACCGUUUUAAAUGAAUUACUUAUAUAUUUAUUAUGUUUUGCUAAAAUUGUAAAUUGUGUAGAUAGACGUAAAACAAAUGAAGUGUAGAUUAGUAAUAGUAUACCUACUUAUGAUAAAAAAUAUCAGAGCGUUUAAAAAAUAAUAGAAAAACUUUAUUCCAUCGAGUGAUAAAUUGUAGAUAUUAUAUUUGUUGUAUUUAAUGAGGGUUUUCUUACAUUCUAACAUUUAUGGAAAUAAUAUAGAGUACUGAAUGUCAGAAGGUCCUUAAUGCGAUAGGUAUUCUUCCAUUAUUUCAUGUGAUAGGAGCUUUAUUUAUGUACUUAUAGCGUUUCUGUUGACUAAGGCCUAAAAAUAUAGAUUGAUUAAUAAAUGCUCAAUUAACAA